CCGACCCCCUUGGGGGGUGCGGCCCCCGCAGCCCCCGCGGCCCCAGCCCGACGCCGCGGCCUGGAGUGCAGUGAGUGUAAGAAGCUGUUCAGCACAGAGACGUCGUUGCAGGUGCACCGGCGCAUCCACACGGGCGAGCGGCCAUACCCGUGCCCAGACUGCGGCAAGGCCUUCCGCCAGAGCACCCACCUGAAGGACCACCGGCGCCUGCACACAGGCGAGCGGCCCUUUGCCUGCGAGGUGUGCGGCAAGGCCUUCGCCAUCUCCAUGCGCUUGGCAGAGCAUCGCCGCAUUCACACGGGGGAGCGGCCCUACUCGUGCCCAGACUGUGGCAAGAGCUACCGCUCCUUCUCCAACCUGUGGAAGCACCGCAAGACCCACCAGCAGCAGCACCAGGCCGCCGUGCGCCAGCAGCUGGCCGAGGCAGAGGCCGCCGUGGGGCUGGCCGUGAUGGAGACGGCGGCAGAGGCGCUGCCCCUGGUGGAGGCCAUUGAGAUCUACCCUCUGGCUGAGGCCGAGGGGGUCCAGAUCAGCGGCUGACCCCGUCCCCUUCCCCACGUCAGCACCGCCAUUCCCCGUUGCUGAGGAGCCAGCCUCUAGCAUCCCCUCAGACCUCUAGAGACUGUGCCCCUCUCUCCAUUUCUCCCAACCGCCAUGUAAGUUCUGUAACUGGAUUUAUUCUCUCGUGAGGGGGUUGUUCUGGGGUCCUUGUUAGGAAUAAAGGUGCCUCCCCCCUCCAUCCACCUUUUAGCACUGGUGGCCCCAAAAUGAAACAGUCAAUAAAGACUGAGUUGGAUGUUGA